AUGGGGAGAAGGAAACAAAAGAGCUUGACAGCAUCACGGAAUCGUUUCCGAACCAAGGAAAACUCUCAUUUUGCCAUGAUUGAGUCCAUAGAUACACAUUUUGAUGAAAUGGAAUGUUAUUUUGCAUGUAGGGAGGCAAGUGGAUCCAAAUUUUAUGAACUUAGUGUAAUUGGAGUGAUCUUUGUAAAUUCUAAAGGUCCCAUUCACAAACUCGGACGAUUAACAGGUACAGUACAAACUCCAAAAUACAUCCUGAGCUGUGAUUUGUCUCGGAAAGCACCUCCAAAUAAUAGACCUUCUCAUCUAUUGAUUGUCCUCAUGCAGAAAAGCAAAGGAGAAUGGGAUCAAUACUCCUCUUCACGUUUUGGCCUUUUAAAAUUGGGAACACUUGGUUUUGAAUUUAAUUAUCCCAAUCCUGAAAGAAUCUUUCUCUUUGCAGAACCAGAAUUUGGAGGAUACGCCAACGAUGAGAAUUAUUACAUUACUCAAUGGGAUGAACAGAAAGCAGAAAUAUUUAGAGCGAGCAAAGACUCUGCAGCAAGCGUCGUUUUUCAGAUUAAUCAAAACUCCAUUAACCACAGUUCACUGCGCCUUGAAUCAUUUUGUUACACUCCUGUUUACGGAAUAACGGAGCGUCAUGUGGCUCAAGUAGUGGAAAAAACGCAUGCAUAUUAUUUGAUAUUUCAACAGGAAAUUCAUUCAAUGAUUAUUGAGGUUUGUCGAAUGACAUUUGGCUCACCAAUGGAAUAUGAUUUACCAACGGUUAAGGUCGUUCAUACAGUUGAAGGAGCUCGAGAUGGAUAUUACGAAUGUUUUGAGAUGGAAGGAAUGGACAGUACAAAAGAAGUGUAUGUAUUGAGUUAUGGUGUCGGCCGAUCUAAAUCGAGUGAAAAUUGUAAUGUGUUGACAUCGGGAAUAUUCAAACUCAACGAAGAAAAUGAAGUAUCAGAGUUUUCGAAAAUAGAUGUUGCAAAUUUUGAGGAGGUAUUUCAACAUAACAUGAAAAUUUUGAGCACGUGUAAACUAGUGAAUGGAAAGUAUUUAAUAAUGGGAAGAAUGAUUAAGGAUGAUUUAGAUGAGUCAGACAACAAUGUACCAACGUUUGAUCGUUUAUUUGCUAAAGAAAUAAUUUGGAUUGUUCUUGAUUUAAAUCUGAAGACAGUGAAGAGAGUUUUCCCAAGAGAGGAUCCUAUUGCAUCUUCUUCUUCAUCCACAAAUCAUGAAAAGAGAUCAAAAAAACAAAAGAAAACAAGCAAUCAACCACAAUUUUUAUUUAUUCAAGAUGGAGAUUUGAAUGGAGGUUUUGCAAAUCCAUUUCCUCGCAAUUCGUCAAAAAAUCAACUCAGUGAUAACCUUAAUUACAUUUCAGAGGACAAGAGAUUCAAGAAAUACGAUUUACAAAUUCCAAAACCGACUAUACUUGAUUCAAACUUGACACUGUGCUCGAUAAGACCUUUUCCAAGCAAUCCAGAUCUAUUUCAAAUCAUGCUCAAUUUUAAACGCAGACAGGCUGUGUAUUAUUCGAACGAGUGUCAUGGUCAAUUGUUUAGAUUUUAUUUCAGAAUGAGAGAGGAAUGUAGUCCUUGUUUUAUUGAAAAGCCAUUGCAAUUUUAUGACAUUCAAUUUAAGAGUCACGUUUGA